AAGAGGUAGCUAGGGUUUCCCUCUCCCUCCCUCCCUCCCCCCACCCUUCUCUUCUCCUCUCUGUGGUUGUAUAUAUUUAAGAUAGGGAUUUUCAGAUCCGCUUGCGGCCACUGCAUUUGUGUCGGUUUGAUUGAGAUUCCCAUUUUCAUCAUUCUUCCUUUCUCCCUCUCUCUCAACUUCUUUCCCCCCUUCUUUUUCCUUUCAAUCUUUCCUUUUCCCUCGGUUUUCUGAAUACCCAACCCCAACCCAGUCUUUCUCUUCACUCCAUUCCCUCUUUCUCUCUAAUCUUAUCUCUUUCUUAUCCCUUUUCUUUCCACCAUUGAUUUCCUCUUCUGGGUUUCAUUUCUUCCUUCCUUCUCAGAUCCCCUUUUCUUCUCUGAUCUCCUUUCCCCACUCUCUUCCUCUGUUUCUGAUCCAGGGUUUCCCACUUACUUACUCUUUGAUUCUGUGCUCUCUGAUCCUUUCACUCACUACCCACUUCGAGUUUUGUGUUCCUGGAAUCUGGGUUUCUCUUAGAUCUCUUUAGUAGUGGGUGUAUGAUGAUGGAUCCGAGUGAUAGAGGAUCCGAGUCGGAGGACAUGUCCGGGAAGAACUCUAGCGGGGUUUCGUCGGAGGAGAGUCAAGUGAAUGAGCAAAACAAGAAGACUUGUGCCGACUGUGGUACUUCGAAAACCCCUUUAUGGAGAGGCGGCCCGGCUGGUCCUAAGUCUCUUUGCAAUGCGUGUGGGAUCAGAAGUAGGAAGAAGAGAAGAGCGAUUUUAGGGUUGAGCAAAGGAGUUGUUGAAGAUAAGAAGAACAAAAAGAGCAGUAAUAUAAGUAGUAAUAGUAAGUUCAGAGAUAGUUUGAAACAAAGGCUUUUGGCUUUGGGUAGAGAAGUUUUGAUGCAGAGAUCUACUGUUGAAAGACAAAGGAAGAAGUUAGGAGAAGAAGAACAAGCUGCUGUGCUUCUGAUGGCUUUAUCUUGUGGCUCUGUUUAUGCUUGAAAUAACCAUUGUCGUUAUGAUCAGAAAGAACAAUAAGAGCAAAAAAAAAAGAAAAGAAAAAAAAGGUUCCAAAGCAGCAAAAUCUGACCCAGAAGUGUAUCUUCUUCAUCCAUUUUGUUAAAUCUUUCCCCAAAUAUUGAGUGAAAUUCUCUUAGUUCAUUAUUAUUAUUCCUCCUCCCCCCCUUAGGAUCUCUUCCCCUUUUUGUUGUAUUAACUAACCAUUGGUUUUUUUGGAUGUUGAAGAGUAAUGAGUAAUGUAGUUUUUUGUUAAAGAGUUGGAUAAUGAAUUUUGUUGAACAUUGUCAUUGCUGUU